GAAUAUAUGCUGGACGAUUUGUUUAAGCUAUGAGGAACGUACAAAAGAAAUAUAAGGGGGACGGGUGCACCAUGUAAUAAAGGAAUUAAACCCUUUCAUUUCAAAAGCACAGUGAUACGCUAGAGAAGAUAGGAAGAAAGGGACCCCCGGAUCCAACUACUACGUGCUUAUACCCCCAUGCAACUUAUACUGGAAACAUAUUGAGUGAAGGAGUCGAAAAGGCAACUUAUAUAUGUCAACAAAUAAACAGAGUGGUGAAGGAACAUUUAAUGAUCAGAUCGUAAAUAGUAUUUAUUGCCAAUUGAAGUUUGGACUGAAUUUCACAUUUGUUCGAAUCAAUCAGUUAUUGGAAUGGCCUGAUUGACAUGUGAUAACGUCUUCAAGUUUGAUUAAUCGCCAACGGAAAUCCAUAUUCCCUUGGAUCAUCUUCCUUGUUCGGGAUCUUGGACAAAACGUUGGACCCAUUUCCCGAUUUUGAAAGGGAAUGAGAAUUAUUUGGGACAUUCACAGAACGACGCGAAAAACCAACAAGUAACUAUAUCUCAUUGGACUUUGGAUUACAAUUAUCAUGUUAAGUGUAUGUCUUUCAGAAGCUGUGAAACAGGACAUGAUAGCGGCACCCUUGACGACUUCACACGAACGGUUUAACAAUAUGUCUUAACAUGAAAUUCGAUUUCGAGUUCGUUAUGAGUUUAAGGUUUAUAAGGAAUUGCUUAUCUUGCUCCUGAGCCCGCUUGGGUAAAUGUCAGUGAUGGAGAAGUCAAAUUUUCACCAAAAAUAUUCAGGGACUGUUUUAAAUCACCCACCUGCGAGUCGCAGAGUUGUCCCGAGGUCGCCAGCAGUGACAGGGGAUGACGAACACAACACCGAGAAGCUAGACGACCAUGCCGUGGAACAGGAGGGGCAUUUUAAUGAUCAUAAGGAGUCCAGACCCGGUAGUAGAGCCUGUACUCCUAGAGAAGAUCGAAUCGGUAUCAUCAACCAAUAUCGAAAACCGUGGAUUCGACCUCAAACAGCAGGUUGCGUCACGACGUCGACACAAAGAGAAAGACAGAUGGUUAAAUAUCGCCAAGGUCGGCCGAAGUCUAGCCCUGUCGCUCGACGUCAUCGAUCUCCUGAUCGGGAAAAAUACGGUUACGCUAUAAAACGACCCGACAGUCUACCAUCCAGAAGUCGACCUGGGAGUAGUCGACCUGGCAGUCGACUAAGCAGACGGAUGUCGUCAUCCAUAUCAAGGAGACGAGACUCGACCAUUGAUAGCGACGUUGAAGAGAUUAUUGUUGGUAAGAGUAAAGGUGUUGGCCAAGAGUCACGAACUAUUACUGGCCACAGAGACGGAAAUGAAAAUGAUAUUAAAACAAACAAUCAUGGUUGGACAAGGGAUUCUGGAUCUACAGACACCAAAGAUGGCAAAACGGAUGAAAGACGCAUUCCAACAUUAACCACGAGAGCACGAAUGCACGUGACCGCUGAUGUCGAUGAUAGAUCAAACGAUGUCGAGAAAACAGAAAAUGACACAAAGGUGGCAAUCACGACAAAGAUCGUUGAACCAGAGGAGGAACCACAGGAUGAAACUUCCAACAAAACCAUGAAAACCGGUGACGAAAAUCGAAAACAGAGCGUUUUUGACGUGACUAUGAUGGCUGCUGUAUCGCCUGGAGGAAUGGCUGGUGGUCGUGCACGGAGUCUUAGCUCUGCGUCAACUGAUGGGAGAAGCUCACCGUCGCCAUCGCGGCACCACGGAGAGUCAGUCGUUCGUCGAGCACGGAAGGAGAGAUUGAAACGAUUGACCCAAUAUAGGAAUACUCGUUUUAACAGACCAGCAGAAACGGCGAGGGAAAAGCUUCUUCGGGUUUGUAAAACAGUUCGAGUCAUAGCUGGGAUUUGUCUCGCCAUGAAAAGUUAUGUGAAAGACGAAGCAACUAAGCAAUGGUCCCUUCAUGAGAUGCAUCUGAAUCUGAGAGCUGAUCUAGAACAGAAUCUUGCCUUUGAUCUUAUUAUGUUCUCCAAACUCAGAGUGACAAGAGGAUCGGAGAAACUGAAGAACAUUCUUUCUCUUAGACCAGAGCAGAGGACAAGGGCAGAUAUUGAAGUGGUCUUGGCCCUCUUGAGGAAGAACAAAGCAUUUACAGAAUAUCAGCAGGAGACGCAGGUUGCACUCGCAAAAUAUAUGGAAUAUUUGAGGUUCGAGCCUCGUCGGAUUGUGGUUAAAGAAGGUCACGUGGCCUCUGGUUUCUAUAUCAUUCUAUCUGGUACAUGUCUAGUGAAUCAAAAAGAGAAUGAUCCGAGGAAUGGAGAGACGUUUGUUAGGACCAUCACCCAGUUGACAACAGGGGAGUCAUUCGGAGAGUAUAGCCUACUACACAACACAGUUCGUUCAGCUAGCGUUGUCUGUAAGGAUGAAGUUGAAGUACUUCUCAUUAACAAAGACGAUUUUGAUAACAUCAUCAAGCGUCCUUUGGAGCAGAAGCGUGAUGAGUUGAUUGAAUUCUGUCAUUCCCAUGAUAUAUACAUCUCAGCAACUCAAGAAACACUCAAGAAUCAACCUAAAGCUAUUUAUACUAAAUUCUUCAAGCCAGGCAUUGUUAUCACUGAAGAUAUAAUGUCAAGCGAGUACAUCUACGUCGUCAAAGAGGGUAAAUGUACAGUUGUAGCUGAAAUUCGAGAGAUGAAGCCUCUACCUAGAAAAGGCCAGUUACCUGACAGGUAUUUCAUGCAUGAUGAGAGCUGGAAGAAAGAUGCAGCUAUUAAAAGAAGCAUGGCCGUACUCUCUGCCGGUAAGCGUCGGAGUUUGUCGGCAGCUGCCAGGAAUAAACUUUACCCUCCUGAGAAAAAAGAAAAAAACUUCUUUUCUUUGAAUGCCAUGAAUGUUGAGGACACAACUAACGAUUAUAUUGAAGACAGGAGAAAAUCCGUUCAGAUGGCUACAAAGGAAUCACCCAGAUAUCUACUAAAAGAUGAUCAGAUGAUUACAACGAAGAAGAAAGAAACAGAAACUGAGAGUAAAUCGGUGGGACUACAAAGAACAUGGAGAAGAGUUACUAUGUCAGCAAACGCUCUUUCACAAAAGGAGGAGAAGAAGAAUCCAGUUGAGUAUGCUCCACCCGGCAAAAUAAAGACAACAUUCGCAAGACUUGCAACAUUGAAAACAGGAAUGGCAUUCGGUAUCGAAUCACUUCUCCCGGGAACCCAGCCCGAGGCUAAACUAUGCCUGAUCAGUGAUGGAGCUGAAGUCAUUCUCGUAUCAAAGAGACUCUUUGCAAGCGAUGUGACAUCUACCACCCUGAAAACAGCGAGCAAGUUGGCGGUGGAUUACCCUUCAAUAGACUUUACAAGAGAGGUUUUAGAAGAAGCCAGGACAUGGGCUACAUAUAAGAACAGAGUCAUCAAAGAGAUAUACAGCAAGAAACUAGAGAAGAGACCUGUACAACCAAGGAGAUAAUGAGAAAGAUAGAUAGAUGGAUGGAUGGAUAGAUAGAUAGAUAGAUAGAU